GCAGCCAUGGUCAGCCCCACCAUGUUCUUCCACAUCACUGCCGAUGGCGAGCCCUUGGGCCACGUCUCCUUCGAGCUAUUUGCAGACAAAGUUCCAAAGACAGCAGAAAACUUUCGUGCUCUGAGCACCAGAGAGAAAGGAUUUGGAUAUAAGGGUUCUUCCUUUCACAGGAUUAUUCCAGGAUUCAUGUGUCAGGGUGGUGACUUCACACGCCAUAAUGGCACUGGCUGCAGAUCCAUCUAUGGAGAAAAAUUUGAGGAUGAGAACUUCAUCCUGAAGCAUACAGGUCCUGGCAUCUUGUCCACGGCAAAUGCUGGACCAAACACAAACGGUUCCCACUUUUUCAUCUGCACCACCAAGACUGAGUGGCUGGAUGGCAAACAUGUGGUCUUUGGGAAGGUGAAAGAAGGUAUGAACAUUGUGGAAGCCAUGGAGCGUUUUGGGUCCAGGAAUGGCAAGACCAGCAAGAAGAUCACCAUUUCCAACUGUGGAAAACUCUAAUUCUUUUGACUUGCAGGCUUCUUACCCACCAGACCAUUCCUUCUGUAGCUCAGGAAAGCACCCCAGCCCCAUCUGCUCGCAGUACCCUGUAAUCUCUGCUCUCACUGAAGUUCUUUGGGUUCCAUAUUUUCCUCAUUCCCCUUCAAGUCUAGCUGGAUUGCAGAGUUAAGUUUAUGAUUAUGAAUUAAAAACUAAGUAA